AUGACACCCGGCGUAGACAGAGACGGUGCCAGCACCAAGACCGGCACCCAUGUCUACCAGAAUGACUUGGGGUCAACUGACUCUCGUCGUUCCCCCUCUCCGUCGAACAGCCUGGAUACAACCAGCAGCAGAAUGUCUGACGAAUUCGCCCAUCUGAGCAAUUCUCACGAUGUGGCCACAACUGAGCUGCACACAGUCCUCACGUCAAGGACUCGGCGAGAUUCCCAUAUGGGUGAAGUGCUAGAAACAUUUUCUAGAACGCUGUCCAAUGUCGACCGGACUCCCGAAGACCAUUUCGAGCUUCAUGCCAUGCCAUCCCGGCGCAGUGAGCGGAGCACAACUCGCCGUUCUGUAAAGCAUCAUUCUCCUACCCGGAUGCCAAAUCUGGUAGAGGAAGCAGGCUCGCCGCCCCCAAUGAAAUCUCAGGGCGUGCCACCGGAACUGGGCAGCUUGGCCUCUGAAGUGAUCUUUGUUCUCGUGUGCUCGGCCGGACUUUUAUUUUUUGCCUUUCUUCUUGGGGAUAUCACCGUCAACCAGGAAGAGUUUAGAAGAGCGUUGGCCAUCAGCAACAGCGAGCUUCCCUGGCUAAUUGGAUCUUUCAGCACCGCCAAUGGUCUUUCUGUUGUGGUGGCAGGCUCUCUUACUGAUUUGGCACCGCCCAAGUUACUAAUGGUAGGGGCUUUUGGCUGGAUGACAUUGUGGAAUGUGGUUGGCGUCUUCUCGGUCAAGCCUUCUACCGCAAUUCUCUUUUACAUAGUCCGUGCAAUGCAAGGCCUAUCCAUUGGAGUGCUUGUCUCCGGAUCUAUGAGCAUCCUCGGUCGGGUAUACAACCCAGGACUUCGGAAAAACCGGGUCUUCUCAGCCAUGUCGGCUACUGCACCCUUUGGUUUCUGGCUCGGGGCAAUUCAGGGCGGUGCGCUGAAGGCACACCUUCCUUGGAUCUUCGGCUCAAAUGCCAUCUUAUCUGGUCUGUGUCUGAUUGCUGCCUAUCGCACGAUCCCUCGCCUGCGUCCAGUGGCCGAUAUUGCCGGCACUGAGGCUCCGACCCUCCGUGAGUUCGAUUAUAUCGGGGCCGCCUUCGCGGUGUCUGGCUGCGUUUGCUUGCUGUUCGGUCUUACCCAAGGAUCAGUCACGAUGUGGACUCCAUAUACAUAUGCCUUGACUGUCGUCGGAAUUCUUCUCCUUGUCGGCUUUUUCUUCGUCGAACACUGGGUUGCGCGCCCUUUGAUUCCUAACCGACUAUGGAAGACUCCCGGCUUCACACCCCUUAUGGUGGCAUACUUCCUCGGAUAUGGAGCGUUUUCUGGCGGGUGGCAAUUCUACGCUAUCCAGUUCUGGCUCCGCAUUCAGCAUGCCAGCCCUCUGACAGUAGCACUCUUCCUCCUUCCCAACGCAAUUGUGGGGGUUUUGGCAACUUGGGUUGUGAGUCGUACUCUUCACGUCAUCCCGGGACAUUACAUCUAUCUGGCCUCUAUGCUGGCCUUUGCACUUGGUCCGGCAUUUUUCUUGCCGCAGACUGCAGGUACCACUUAUUGGGCCUUAUCCCUCCCUGGAGUGGCUCUUGUUACCUUCGGCCCUGACCUAUCGUUCGCUGCCGCAUCAAUCUACAUUACAAGUAAUGUCCGUCGGUCCUAUCAAGGUAGUGCGGGGAGUCUGCUAGUGACCGUGCAAAAUCUCAGUUCGGCAAUCAUGACAUCGGUUGCGGGCGCCAUUGGGACCAAAGUGGAUCAGGGGCCUGAUGGUGAUAUUGGACUGAAGGGGCUCCGUGCAAUCUGGUGGUUUGCACUGGCGGCUGAGAUCAUUGGAGCACUGAUCACACUGUUCUGGGUUCGGAUUCCUAAAGAAGAGGAGAAGGAGCACGUCACUUGA